AUGCUCAACGAUGCAUACAGCGAGAGGCGCGAGCACUACCUCGACCUCUUCGCAGACGAGGAGGCGCAAGCGGGUCAGUACAAGGAAAAGAUGCGCUGUUUUCUUACGCUAGAGGAGGUGGUGGAGCGUCUGCGUGAGCAGCCCAGCAUCCACGAGCGUAUCGCGUCCAUCGAGGAGUUCGAGGAGCCCACUGGGCCCCUCAGCGUACUGAACGUGUUCGCUAAGUCGCGUUGUUUUGUUGUUCUGCAGACGGCCUCGUACUGGUGGUCGCUCGAGAGGCGGGAAGACGUUAUUGUGGUGCAGCGCUCCCAGAACUUCAGCAGUGUUCACAGCAGGUGCAAGGGUGCAUAUCGCCACUAUCGCUGGCCGAUCGAGUCGGCACCAACAGCACGGCGGCGCAUGUGGUGCCGCGGUGGGUCGAAGCUCUCCGAAGUGUUUAGCGCCAUGCUGCGAGACCACGUCUUCGACCCCAAAGGCUGCGCUUCUUCCUCCUGGGAGUUCUCCGACUACGUCUUUCAUCUCUGCCUGAGCGGCCGCAACGCUGACCCCAUGUAA